UUGGUCCUGGCAAAGAGGAAAAACGGAGUUCAUGACUGAAGACUUUGGAUCAAAGUAGUUUCGCAGAGGCAGUACAGUUUAAUCAUGACUUCGACUUCACAACUUACAGAAGAAGAGAGAAACUUCGCCAGAUUUUUCUUCCUCAACUUUAAAGUAUCACCAGACAUUGCCAGGCGAUUCUUUGACGGCAUUUUCCCGCCAACACACUUAGCUCAAACUAUAAACAGCAGUAUGCAUGCCAUUAUCAGUUUAAACAAAUCAAAAAGAAUCAAUGCGGCCCAAUUAGAAAUACUAAGGGGUGUCCAAGGAACGGUAUGGCCAUCGUAUCUUCCUCCGAUGACUGUGGGAACAAAAGCUACCUCUUCCAAGGACUUUGACCUGACAAUGAUGAUAUGUUUGCUGCGUAAUCUAGGAGGUUUAUCAACACCCUCCAAUGGCUGGGAUCAACUUCCAAAUCCGAAUGAUAUGUUACCGGGAGCGGACUUGGCUACACUGAAGUGGUACAGAAAUCAGUUGGCCCAUACGACAGUUACUUUUAUGGAUAACAAUGAGUUUACAGACAAAUGGACUCGUGUUGAAAAGGCAUUGACAUCGUUAAACAAAGGUCAAAGACCACACGAGGUCACUGAAAUCUUGAACUACGAUCUUGAUGGAGAACAAGCAAAAGCAUUAGCAAACGCAGAACUGAAGCAGCUAAAACAAGAAUACGUUAAUUUUGAAAAGGAAAUAAUACAGAUAGAAAAUGAUUUCUCUCAAUACAGGGAAGCAAAUCUUCCAAUAAAUAUUGCAGAAGCAAAUGCAACUUUGGUAGAAAAAUGGCGAAAAGAGGACGAAUCCUUUUACGAGACAGUUGGAUCGGAACUAGUUUAUGAUACAGUACAGGAUUGUAGUUGUAUUUUGGUGACAGCAAAUUCAGGACUAGGAAAGACAGCCACUAUCCGACAUAUCGCAUUAAAACUUAAACCAGAAGGAUUUGAAAUAGUUCCCAUAGAGUUUCCCGAGGAUAUAAUCAAAUACAAAACAAAUAAAAAACAAGUAUUUCUUAUUGAUGAUGUACUUGGUAAAUACGAUAUAAGUCCGACACUGUUGUCUAAAUGGGAAAGAAUAAACGAAAAAUUGAUAAGCUGCUUGGAAACCGAAGUAGGCUCAAACAAAAUAUUGUGUACACUGAGAUCACAAAUAGCUCUCCAUAAAAGAUUUGAAACUGCAUCAACAAUCUUAAACAAAGUAGUCAUCAAUCUAGAUCUCGCGUCUAAUGCCCUCUCGAAGGAGGAAAAGCAGGAAAUAUUGAUUAAACAUCUUAAGAGAAAUGACUUAGAAAAGGAAAUUAAAACAGAGGAGGUUGAGAUCAUGUGUGAAACCAAUUAUGCAUUUCCUCUUCUUUGCAAAUUGGUUUCAAACAAUGAAGAAAGGUUCAUAAAAAGAAUAGCAUUCUUUAGACAACCUUUUUUACUGUUGAACGAGGAACUUGAUAAAAUGAAAAGGAAGGUCAAACAGCAAUAUUUUGCAUUGGACAAGAUGCAGAAUCUAGUAAUAUUACCUUGGUGCUAG